UUCCUCCAGAUCCUCCUGAUCCAGCUCCUCUCCCCCCGGUUCCACGAGAACUGCUCUCCGUACCGAGCUGCUCUAAACCCGGCUCCGCGCUUCUACAGAGCCGCUGGAGGAAGAGGAGCAGGAGCUGCUGAAGAAACAAAUGAAAUCCUGUUCCAAGAUUGAGGAAAACCUCUGAAGCCUGCUGACAUCGGGGAUUAAAUGUGAGAAAAUGGAAUCCAGCAUGAGCUCCAGUACUCAGGUGUCCCCUGGUGCUCUCUCUGCCAACACAUCUUACAGUGAUCUAAAGAAAGUUACAGGAGAGAAAAUCACUUAUAGCUGUUUGGUGUGUGGAAAGAGUUUUCCUCAACAAUGUAAACUAAAAAUUCACCAACAAAUUCACACAGGAGUGAAACCAUAUGAAUGCUCACAGUGCGGAAAGAGUUUUAUAAGCAAACACGCUCUCAAAAGGCAUCAGCACACUCACACAGGAGAAAAACCAUAUCAGUGCUCUGACUGUGGGAAAAGUUUUACUCAACAAAGUAGUCUGAAAGUCCACCAACGAAUUCACACAGGAGAAAAACCAUAUCACUGCUUGGAGUGUGGGGAAAGUUUCUAUCGACAGUGUCUAUUCCAAACACACCAGCGCAGUCACACUGGGGAAAAACCAUAUCAGUGUUCUGAGUGCGGAAAGAGUUUUGGAGUGAAAAGUAAUCUUCAAGCACACCAGCGCAUUCAUUCCGAAGAGAAAAUGUACCCCUGUUUAGAGUGUGGAAAAGGUUUCAAUUUGGCCAGUAGGCUUGAAGCACACCAGCGCGUGCACCGUGGGGAAAAAACGCAUCAGUGCUCAGAGUGUGGAAAGAGUUUUACUGCACCCGGUGAUCUCCGACUACACCAGCGCAUUCACACUGGAGAGAAACCGUUUUCCUGUUCUGAGUGUGGCAAGAGCUUUAUUCAAAGCAGUGCUCUUAAACGGCACCAGCGCGUUCACACUGGAGAAAAACCUUAUCAGUGCUCAGAGUGUGGGAAAAGUUUCAGAGGCAGAAGUACCCUUCAAAGACAUCUGCGCAUUCACACUGGAGAGAAACCGUAUCAUUGCUUAGAGUGUGGCAAGAAUUUUCAUGACCAAAAUGAUCUUAAAACUCACCAGCGGAUUCACACUGGGGAAAAACCAUUUGCCUGUCCAGAGUGUGGGAAGAAAUUUGCUCAGCGGGGUCACCUGCUACAACACCAGCGCAUCCACACUGGUGAAAAACCGUAUCAGUGUUCAGAGUGUGGUAAGAGCUUUAUUGUACACAGUAGUCUUCAACUACACCAGCGUGUUCACACUGGAGAGAAACCGUUUCAGUGCUCAGAAUGUGGGAAGAGUUUUAAACGACAGAGUCAUCUCCAAUUUCACAAACGUACUCACACAGAAGAAAAACCAUAUGAGUGCUUAGAGUGUGGGAAGAGUUAUAAAGACCCCAGUAUCCUUCAAAAGCACCUGCGCAUUCACACUGGUGAAAAACCAUAUUACUGCUCAGUGUGUGGAAAGCGCUUUAAUGAACGGAGUGAACUACAGAUACACCAUCGUGUUCACACCGGAGAGAGGCCAUAUGAGUGUUUAGAGUGUGAGAAAAAAUUUAGAGACAAUGGUACCCUCCGAAAACAUCAGCGAAUUCACACAGGAGAGAAACCGUAUUAUUGCUUAGAGUGUGGACAAAACUUCAGGUAUUCUCGCAGUCUAAAAAUACACAAGUGCGUUAGGAGAGAUUUGAACACUCAAGGUAUGGGUUUAUCAUUGUAAGAGAUCUGAUUUUCAUUUAGUGUUUUUGCAAUAUAGUAUGUAGUUACUUCAAGUAAUCCUUUGUUUUACACAAAUAUAUGUUUGUGUUAUCAUUAUGUUUGAUUACAGCAACAAUCCGUUGAGCCAUAGAAUGAUUUUCAGGGAUUGGGCCUGAAGAAUGAUUUUAUGAUUUACCUGUAGGACGAGGUACAGAACUUGAAUGAGGAUGAUCUGGAAGGUCACAAUCCAGCAUACAAAGGAAAAAACCUCCCCUAGCAAGGAACACUUGUACCAAAUUAGUUAUGUUUAUACUACAUCAGUCAGCUGUUUUUUGAACCUGCUGCCAAAAGCCUCAAGUUGGAGAGAAAUCUCUGUUUAAUUGGCUUUUGCUUGGGUGCUUUCCUGGUUGCUAUGUGUGCAAACUGCUAAUACAAGCAAUCCUCGCAGAGAGAUUGAAAAGGCAUCGCAAAACCUGAUAAAUAUGUGACGGGUUUAAUAUCUGAUCCUGUCUGCGACUCUAAAUCUGGUAGUAUGAAAAGUUUUGGUGGAUUAAUGCACACCUGUCUAUCAGCACACACAAUUUAUAUCUCUCCAUUCUAACGGACAUCAGUUUUGGAAGAAAUAAAAAAUGUCUUAUGCAUCACAUAAGUUGUUACAUGUGGUUUUGUAACAGCAUGUUUUUAGAGAGCAGACAGAUUUGCUGCGAGUUACUCCAUGUAUUUGUAAUCUUGUGUCUUUCAUCAGUCAUGUAGUGGGAAUAUUCUUCACAAUUGUCAAAUGUAAAUGGUUUAAAGUGAGUGAAGCCAGAGGAGACAUUUGUUUUACAAAUUAGAUCAGAUUUAUUCCCAAAGGGAAAUUAGAAUUGCAGUACACAAUACACAUAAACGUAUUUAAAAUAAUUAAAAAAUGUAUGUAUUUAUUAUAUAUUCAUGCAAAAAUAUAUGUUCCUAAGGUGCUAAAGGUACAGCAGGGGUGUUGUAUACAGACCUACAGCUGUGGUAGGAAAUUUAUAUGAAUGCUUUAAUGACUUGAAGGUCAUGGACAUUCAAUCGUUUCUAUGAACUGUUGUUUCUGAAACUAAUCCACAAAGUGGAUGGAAUAAUGAAGGGUGAGUAGAAUGUUCUUUGGAACUGUGACACCAUUGACAUUUUUCAACAGGGGAAUUUUCCAGAGGUGGUGUGGAAUUGAUAAAACAAGGUAACACUAAGCCUUAAGGAUGGAAUUACCAAAAUCCUGACCUCAACUAUCAGAAAUCUUGGACUGGGCUUUAAAAUCAGAUCUGUGCUGAGGUCAGACAUCCAACGAGGACUCUGCAGAUGUUGGUUAAAUGCUAUCAUCAGAUUCAUCUGGUCAAGGUGCGGCUUUCUAAGGAUAUAAACAGCCUGCCAGCCCUAAGGAGAUGUUUAGCAUGAUAACUAGAUGUGGGGCUAAAAUACAUCUGAAGCAAUUCAAUGUGCCUUUGCAUCACUCCCAAUGCUGCAAACGACAACCUCAUCAAAUCCAAUGUUGAAAGUGCAGAGGUCCAAGAAGAGCACCAAGAGUUAGUUACUGACACACCUUAAUACCACAGCAACCCAUGCAGAUAUGCUUGUGACUUCCGGACACAAAUCCUGAACUGAUCUGAUUAAUUGCAAAUAACAGUGUGGACAGUCAUCUCAACGCAUCUGAUCUAAGAAACAAGUCUGAUUUGACUGCAAUCUGAACACUGAGUAAGAGACAGUUAACCAAAUGUUAAGAGUGCUGUAUGUAACAUUUUUUUUGUUUGAUUGUAUUAUAUAUAUGUAAUGUGACUUGUACUGCCUCAAAAAUGUAAAAUAUGUUAUAAUAUCAUUAUAUUAUCUAUUAUAUUAUCAUGACAGUAAUGUAUGUCCAAGAUGAUUGCCUAAAAACUCACUGUCCCAUCCUAACUGUUUAUAUUCUGCAUUUAAAUAUAUUAUUGUCGGAAUACA